AUGACUAUUUGGAGGCCACAUGUUUUAGCUAUUGAUGACAGUUUGGUUGAUAGAAAACUCAUUGAAAGGCUGCUCACCAACUCUGUAUGCAAAUUGACUACAGUAGAGAAUGGGCAAAGGGCCUUGGAAUUUUUGGGCCUAGGAGAUGGACAACAGUCCAUCAACAAUAGUGACUCCAAAGUAAAUUUGAUAAUCAUCAAUUAUUGUAUGCCUGGAAUGUUAGGGUAUGAGCUGCUUAAAAAAGUCAAAUCAUCAGACUUGAAAGAGAUACCAGUAGUGAUAGUGUCAUCUGAGAAUGUCCCGACUCAAAUCAAGAAAUGCUUGGAAGAAGGAGCUCAUGAGUUCAUGCUGAAACCUCUCCAACAAUCAGAUGUGAAGAAGUUGAGAUGUCACAUGAUGAAAUUCAAGGGAGGCUAUGCAUGGGAAGUGAUCCUGAUGAUAACUUUGUUGGUUUGGGGUUGGCCUAGACUGUUGCACAUUUUGUUUUGCAUUUGUACAAGUAGGGAAUUCGAUAGAAAGCAUGGGAUGUAUGAUUCAAGUGGAUUCUUUGAUCUCUUCCCAAUCAUGGGCAGGUUUGGUUUACUUGAUCUCCUCCUAGAUUGA